GUUGGUCACCAGAAACCUGCUUACUGUACACCUCUCUCUCUCUCUCUCUCUCUCUCUCUCUCUCUCUUUCUCAACUAUUUCCAAUCACAUUCAUCGUUCGCUUUAGCGAUUUUGCCUCGUGAUCUCCAUUUCAUGGAAACUCUCUCGCAUGCGAUCAGCCCCAAACUCUUGCUCCCCCAUCUUUCCUCUAAUCGUCGCCAUGGAUUUCCAUCUUCAAGCUCUCAUCAUCCAUUGAUGUCGAAUUCGAAUUCGAGUAGAACCGUCAAAGCGACGCGCGUUUUAGCCAAGGUUAAUAGCCAAAGCUCCGAGAUCGACUUCAGCGAUCCUGAUUGGAAAUACAAGUUCCAGAAGGACUUCGAGUCCCGCUUCAACAUUCCUCAUAUUACCGAUUAUUUCGACGAUGCCAUUCCUAUCCCCUCCACUUUUUGCCUCAAGAUGAGGACGCCAGUACUGGAAGAUUUUGCAGGGGGUUACCCUUCGGACGAAGAGUGGCACGGCUACAUCAAUAAUAACGAUCGUGUACUUCUAAAGACCAUACACUAUUCUUCACCUACUUCUGCUGGUGCCGAAUGCAUUGAUCCAGAUUGUACAUGGGUGGAACAAUGGGUUCAUCGUGCUGGGCCUCGAGAAAAAAUAUAUUUCAAACCAGAAGAUGUGAAGGCAGCAAUUGUAACAUGUGGGGGCCUAUGCCCUGGUUUGAAUGAUGUCAUCAGACAGAUUGUCAUCACACUUGAAAUCUAUGGGGUGAAAAAGAUUGUAGGAAUUCCAUAUGGUUAUCGUGGAUUUUCUGACAAAGAAUUAGCUGAAAUGCCUCUGUCUCGGAAAGUGGUUCAGAAUAUUCAUCUUUCUGGUGGAAGCUUGUUAGGGGUCUCACGUGGAGGACCCACCAUAAGUGAAAUUGUGGACAGUUUGGAGGAAAGAGGAAUCGACAUGCUUUUUGUCUUGGGUGGAAAUGGCACUCAUGCCGGAGCCAAUGCAAUACAUAACGAGUGCCGUAAAAGGCGGUUGAAGGUGGCUGUAGUUGGAGUGCCAAAAACCAUAGACAAUGAUAUCUUGCUGAUGGACAAGACUUUUGGUUUUGAUACUGCUGUUGAAGAAGCACAACGAGCAAUAAAUUCAGCAUACAUUGAGGCACAUAGUGCUUACCAUGGCAUUGGUGUUGUGAAAUUGAUGGGUCGUAGCAGUGGAUUUAUUGCAAUGCAUGCAUCCUUGGCUAGCGGACAAAUUGACAUAUGUUUGAUACCAGAGGUACCUUUUCACUUACAUGGACCUCAUGGUGUCUUACGGCAUCUGAAAUACCUUAUCGAGACGAAGGGAUCAGCAGUAGUUUGUGUAGCAGAAGGAGCAGGGCAGAAUCUACUUCAGAAAACUAAUGCUACUGAUGCAUCUGGAAAUGUUGUAUUUGGAGAUAUUGGUGUAUAUAUUCAGCAAGAGACGAAGAAGUAUUUUAAGGAGAUUGGUAGUACAGCAGACGUGAAGUACAUUGAUCCUACAUAUAUGAUCCGUGCAUGUCGUGCAAAUGCAUCAGAUGGAAUUCUAUGCACUGUACUAGGACAAAAUGCUGUUCACGGUGCAUUUGCUGGAUACAGUGGCAUUACAGUAGGCAUAUGCAACACUCAUUACGUCUAUCUUCCUAUUCCCGAAGUCAUUUCUUAUCCCAGGCUGCUGGACCCUAACAGUCGAAUGUGGCAUCGUUGUUUGACUUCCACAGGCCAGCCAGAUUUUAUCUAAUAAUAAUCUAAGGUAUGAUGGUGCUAGAGAGACAAAAAAAAAAAAAAAAAAAAAAAAAAAAAAAAAAAAGAGAGAGUAAAAAAGAAAAAGAAAAGGCUUUGAAAGUAAAUUUAUAAAGUAGCCAGCGAUCGGAAAGGUUUUUGGUUAGUGACCUUACCAGAUGCUGUAGAAAUAAUACAAAAGGAUAACAUUACAUCCUCGCAUUUGAUAAUUUUGUCAAGUGUAUAGCAUUCCUGUUCUUGAGUUACAAAUUAAUUCGAUAAUUAAAUCCGGAACCGCCAAGCAAUUUGUGCUUGGUUCAUAAAUUUUGUACAACUUUUAUUGUAUCAGAGAUGUAUCGGACAGUGUUAGUGACAAAUACCAAGCAGAACAAUAAAAUGGCUUUUCAUUAUUAUUCACUUGAA